UUUUUUUUUGAAAUGGAUUUAAGUCGUUUGGGAACCGGGAAUGCAAGCUUUAAUAAGGAAAAAAUGCAGAUUGCUGUAGACGGAACGAUUGGAAUAAAUUCUGGGGCAGAAUAUGAUAUGCACUACUUUUUGGCAGCUUCUUUUUAUAGACGUCGAGGUUAUCAGAAGUGUAACGAGUUGUGUAACGAGAUUCUAAAAGUUGAAAAUGAAAAAAAUAAUACCGUAUUUCCUUCGCCUAACAAUGAAAAUAUACAACAGGCACAUUUAGGCGAGAAUCAAAAAAAUUAUUUACGAAAAAAUUCACAGAAAUCAAGAACUAGUUUCGACCAACCUCAAACACAAGGGCUAAAUACCGGUGGCAAGUCUAAAUUUAAUAUGCAAAGAAAUGUGCCUGCUUGGAUAAAAGAAAGUAUAUGGGAAAUAAAAAUGCGAGCACUGACUCAACGCGUCUAUGUCGACGAUUUGGAAACGGAUGACGUUUAUGACAUGGCGAAUGAAGAGACUGAUCUCGAACGUAUUGCAACCGCGGCAAGACCAGGAACUUCAAUUAAAGUAGCAUUUAUUCCCCGUCCUUUAACCCGUUCACUCGAAAGUAGAGAUUCAAAGUCACGUUGCAGUACUUCAUCGUAUUUGAAAGCCACUUCAUCGGGAGAACAAACAACAGAGAGAUUAAAAACGCCAUCGGGAAAUAGUAUAACGAGCCGACCAAGUUCACGUUGUGGUACUGCUUCAAGAACUCGUUCAGUUUUGGCUACUUCACUUACUUUUGAUGAUAAGACAGCACCUCUUUAUCAGGCUUCACGUCUCAAUCCCUCAAUAUAUGCAGAAAAUCAGAAGCUUAUUAAAACUAUUUUUCAGUUCCUUUUUUACCAUGAAUCUGACCCACAAAAGGCUUACGUGCUGUGUGAGGCUGUUUUACGAAUAAAAAGCAUUGAUUGGUGGUGGCAGCAACAAAUUGGACGUUGCCUAUUAGCUUUAAGGCAACCGAAAAAGGCAGAGUUGUAUUUACAACAAUCAUUGUCGAUGUUUCCCCAUCCAGACACUUACAUACUUUUGUCCCGGUUAUAUCAAGUACUAAAUGAACCAAAACGAUCACUUGACUUGAUCGUUAAAGCAGUCGAUCAACACCCAUUUAAUAUAACCUUUCGUAUGGAACAAGCUCGAAUUUUAGAAAUAAUUAACCAAGAUGAAACCAUCCAAUUAUAUUGUUUGAUCACUAAGUUAAAUCCAAUUAAUGUCGAAGCAUUAGCAUAUAUCGGUGUAAAAUAUUUUUAUGAGAAUAAUCCCGAGCUGGCUUUGAUGUAUUUUAAACGGAUCUUAUCAUUGGGUCUGCAUUCGACGGAGCUUUACUGUAAUAUUGCUCUCUGCUGUUUAUAUGGCGGCCAGAUCGAGUUAGUUUUACCUUGUUUUCAGCGUGGUCUCUUAACAGCGAAAACUUCAAAGCAAAAAGCUGACUUAUGGUACAAUUUAAGUUUUGUUGCAAUUACCACCGGAGAUUUUAAACUUGCCCGUCGUUGUCUUCAACUCUGCCUAACCUUUGACAAUCGAAAUGCCGCAGCACUUAAUAAUUUGGCCAUAUUAUAUGCGCAGUCAGACAACAUUCUGUUCGCAAAGUCACAUCUCAAUGCAGCGAAAGAAAUCUCAAUUGACUCAAUUGAGGUGAAUAUGAAUUUGAAAUACUUUGAAAAACAAAUUGCUAAAGCAAGAUUUUUAGGCAAACAGCAGGGACAAGUUUAA